UGCAGGAGCACGAGAAUGGCUUCAAGACCAGACUCGGGCAGCAGAAACCAACAACUGAGUGACGUUUUUGCGAUAUAUAGAAUUCAGAUUCGUGGAAGUCGAGCGUAAAGAAAGACAACUUUUAACAGCACAGAGACACAAGGUUGCGUUCGUGAGUGUUGAAGGACACGUCAAGUGAAUGUACUUUACAAGUAGAGCCUAAACCAGCCUGGGUCAUUCAGCUUACAAGGUGGUGGAGGCAGAAGAAAAAUGGAAGAGAGGUUGACAGAGCGUUAUAAGUGAACUACGGAUCCAGGUGGGGACUGCAAGUGGGUGAGGAAGUCAUGGGUCGCCCUGGACGCUGUCGUCAAAGUUACACUUCAGGUUUCCUCUGUCGUCUGGGAGUGAAUACAACUUUAUGGAUGAACCAGCUUACCGUACUGCACCAAGACUCCACAGCUGCUGUUCAUAAGAUGUGAACGAUGAGUGAGCGUGUCUCCCACCCCCACCCAGUCACCAGCCCGAACCAGAGAACCUCAACCAAGACCAUUCUCCUCAGAUUGUUUCUUUUAGCCCUCUUCUGCGCCGCUACCGCCUCUGCUUCUGCUGGCGCAGAAGAGCAGAGGCAUUGGGGCGCAGCAGAAGCACCAAGUAGCUUAAGCGACACGAGUACCAUCUGGAGCCCCGUCAAUGAGCUCUUCCGAAGACUUUCUGGAUCGGGAGACGACAAUGAUGAGUUAGUCUACGGUCCGGAGGCUAGCAAUGGUGCUAUGUUUAGCGAAAGUAAAGUCCUUCAACCAUUUACUGACUAUAUAAUGCGAAAAAGGGAGCAUAAUCAGGAUAACAGUAAGAAUUUUCGACGCUCUGUAUACCAUGGAUCUUUAGAGAAUUCGCAUCGAACUUUAAAUCGAGAACGGAAGCUUUCAUCAAAAGAGGAUUGGGGUGGAGCAAGAAAAUCCGAAAGACAAAAUGGGCUUGUGCCUCUAAAGCAAGAAAACUGGGAGCAAGAAGGUGGGAAGUUUGAGGUAUCGAGCGCCGAUAAAAGCAGCAAAGAAGCUCAGAACACGGGACACGAAUCCUCCAUUACAACAGUGAAGAGGGUUGGGAGGAAUCUAGCAAGGACAGUGGAGAGAGAGAAGCAUUUAACAGGCGGUCAGAAGAGAGAUUCGAGUCUUAACACUGGAGCGAAGAGGAAAGAUACUCAGAGCAUUGCUCAUGAUGCAGUAGCAUCAUUAGGUGUUGACACAAACAGUCCCUCAGACAACGACAAAAAAAACUACUUCCAUGCUUCAAGGAAUCCAUCAAUAGUAGCAUACGACACUGUCCGCCGCGACAGUUCAGAGACAGAAAGACUCGCGCGAGACGGCAAGCACACAGAACACGCUACUUCAGCACUGUACAUCUCCGGAAGCCUACGUGACGGGCCUACCAGCACUGAUAAUGCAGGGAUGUACAUUUCCAGUGCCAGUCCGGUGGCAGCACCUCCCUGGGAUAGCCCCUGGCACUCACAAAGUGGCACUUCGUCAGCAGUGUCACCUCUGGUGGGUGGAACUCACAUAUUCAGCGAGUCAUGGGGAGAGGGCGGUAGGAACACAGAAUACGGCGAAGAAAUGGGAUGGCACGAAGGAGUGGACGAAGAACCUUCCUGGGUGAGGGCCGCCGUGGACUACCACCCACUAGUCCUGGAUCAGGACCGGUACCAAGACGUAUUGGAGGACCCGAUGGAACAAGUACCACCAGGACCUAACGACUGCUGGGGCCACCUCAUAACCCAAGUGCCAUUGAACCUCUCCACCGUCUUCAGAAUCACGCUCAACGAAGUAGGCAUCGAGACUCUCCGUAACGACUCCUUCACACGCUACAGGGAAACUCUGCACGAAAUAGUGCUGGAGAACGUACCUGAGCUUCGUACUAUUGAAGCUGGAGCCUUCAAGGGACUCUACCAGCUUCGUUCCAUAUACAUACACUCUGCACCUCACCUGAGAACGAUGCCAAACUUCACAGUCACCGUCAACGAUAAAAACCUCAGGAGUUUGCGCGUGGCCAGCUCGGGUCUGGAGAGGAUCCCUGACAUGCAAUUCACUGGACCUCUGGACAUUCUUAACAUGAUAGACCUGGACAAUAACCGCAUCAGGAAGGUUCACAGCAAAUCCCUCAAAGUCAGAGUGGAACAACUAUCACUCAAUUACAAUCUCAUCGAGAGUGUGGAGAAGGAGGCGUUUGCUGGGUCGGAGAUUGGAAAACUGAGCCUGAAGGGCAACACUAACUUGCGAAGCCUCAGUCCUGAAGCCUUCAAGGGUAUAGGAAGUCUCCGCACGCUGGACCUGUCAGAGACGUCCAUCACCUCCCUGCCUACGCUGGGUCUGACAGACCUGGAGUUCCUCUACUUAGAGCGGACGCCUAGCCUCAAGGUGUUCCCUUCAGUCUACUCCUUCGAGACUAUCCAGGAGGCCCACCUCACCUAUCCUUACCACUGCUGCGCCUUCCAGUUCCCUGAGCAGCAUGAUCCCAAACAGUACGUGAGGCACCAGGAAUUUAUCCGUAAAAUGGAACAAGAACAUUGUUCAGAGCUGAUGUCACCCACUUCGUCAGUGAUGUCUCCCAUCACUCGUGUGAGACGUCACAGCCGCAGUGCUACGCCCAUAUCACACCCGAGGGAGUCUCAGAGCCCUGUUGGCUCUACACUACAAGAGAGUCUUCCUGUAGCGAGACCCAACCCGGGAGAGAGAUGGGGAAGUAUCGCUUUGAGUGCUACAGGUAGCGUGUUCGGGCUAUCCGUUCCCAGCAUCACCGGGGAGCACGAACGAUACAGACAAAAAGAGAGGACUCAAGCAUCCCUUCGAAAUCACAGUCCGCAGAUGACCUCCUAUUCAUCUCAGCCUUACAGGAAGAAGAUGCUGGACGGGGGUUCUAAUUCUUUACCUCCGGGUACUGUCAUUCUCCCUCGGACCCGUCACAAUUGUCACCAAACCCGACAUGUCAAGCCUAAACUUAGCCCAGACUCGAGCCAUGUAGCGAGAAGCAGCCUAAAAGAGACACAAGAACCUUACAGAUCUCGAUCUCGUCGUGGCGAUCAUCCAGAGCUAGCUAGGCCUCCUGACGCAGAGGACGAAGCCCGACGUACGUUCUUACCGACGCCACAGCAGCGGUCGGCAGCGAUGAUCAGGGACCCAGAGAAGGAGCUCAUCCCCCUGCCGGAGAAAAGGUUUGAGACGGACGAGAAAUCCCCUUACCCGCAGGACUACGAAGAAGGCUUCGUUGGAGGAGGCGCUGUAGGUGGAUACCACAGCCUCUUCCUGGGGUUUGGUUCCUUCAAUCACACUUCCAACAGGAAGAACGAGUCUUCCAAAGGAAGCUGGGGACAUGACCAGGGCUGGUCAGGUCGCUCGCCUGCCCUAGACACAGGAGAUGACAAAACCUAUGGCGGGGAACUAGCCGAGACGCCGCACUUCGGAGACCAGAUCAUCCGCUUCCCCAGCGAGGAUGACGGGUUGCUCCACCCUGGCGGCGGAUUUCCACUCGACGGUGGCUUUCCCGACGACUCUGAGAACGUGCAUGACCAUGACAGCAGCGUCCACGGCAGUGGUCUAAGUGAAUGGCACCACAAUCAAGCGCCUGUCAACAACAACUCUACCAUCACCUUCUUCUGCGGUAACUUGUCUAAGGAUUACCACAAUGUCCUGUGUGUGCCAAAGCCUGACGCCUUCAACCCCUGCGAGGAUAUCAUGGGUAACCUGGCUCUCCGCGUGGCGGUGUGGCUGGUGGUGGUGACGGCAGUGCUGGGCAACCUGGCUGUCAUCAUAGUCCUCAUCUCCUCCAAGUUUAAACGCGCCACCCUCAGGAAACUUGAACAGACUCUAGAUGGCAGGUCGUACCCCAGGCGACUCACUCCGUUUUACUCCUCUUGUAAUCCUUCUUCAAGAAUGACGGUGAGCAAGUUCCUGAUGGUGAACCUUGCCCUGGCCGACCUCUGCAUGGGCCUCUAUCUUCUCAUUAUAGCAGCCAUGGACCUCCACACCAUCGGUGUCUACUUCAACCACGCCAUUGACUGGCAGAAUGGUCCCGGGUGUAAGGUGGCCGGAUUCUUGACAGUGUUCGCCUCAGAGCUGUCAAUUUUCACCUUGACAGUGAUCACCUCAGAGCGCUGGUACGCCAUCACCUACGCCAUCCACCUCAACAAGCGACUGAAGCUCUCCAUGGCUGUUAAGAUCAUGGUAGUGGGCUGGACCUACUCCAUUACCAUGGCAGCCUUACCUCUCCUCGGCAUCUCCAGCUAUAGUAAAACCAGCAUCUGCUUACCCAUGGAGACUGGGAACGCUCUAGCUCUCUCGUACCUCAUCUCUCUGCUGCUGGUCAAUGGCCUGGCCUUCUUCGUUAUCACCGCCUGUUACGCCUCCAUGUACUGCUCCAUCAGCCGUCACGACGCCACGGCGCCCCAUUCUGAUCUCACCGUGGCCAAGCGAAUGGCUCUCCUUGUUUUCACCGACUUCGCCUGCUGGGCACCCAUCGCCUUCUUCGGACUGACGGCGGUGGCUGGUGUCCCUCUGAUCAACGUGACCAGAGCCAAGAUUCUACUAGUGUUCUUCUACCCACUCAAUUCGUGUGCAAAUCCAUACUUAUACGCCAUUUUGACGAAGCAGUACAGGCGAGAUCUCUUCAUUCUCCUCGCAAGAUAUGGUUUCUGUACAAAGCGAGCAAUGAGGUACAAGGGAGCCUACUCCUCUGUAAACAACACCUUCCCUCACAACACGGUGGUCAACGCCCCCAACCACCGCAACUCCACGCUGACCCAGAUCACUCUCUGUGACCUCACCCGCAAUGCCAGAGCCUCGCAGCAGAGCAACAACGGUUCUCUCCUUGGCACUAUGGUCGGUGGCUCACAAGACUCUCUCCAAAGGAACGUUUCUCCUCUCAGGACGCCGACGAAGCCAGACAUGGCGUCGGGUGAGAAUGAACGCUUGAGCACCGUACAGGAGAUGAGCCACAGCACACACAGUGACGAAGACCCCUCCGACGACCACGUCGUACAACACGACGAUUUCGUUCCUCCAGAUGAUCACGACUCCCCCAGCGGGGUGGUGAAACAGGCAGGCUCUCCACACCCCAUUAAGAACUGCUACACCAGACUCUCCUUCACCCCAGAGCAGGAAGAAAUCCUAAAACAGGCUCUCCAUGAGUCCAAGGCCAAGAAGAGAAAUAAACCUGAAGUAGGACGAAAAAGUCCGGUUAAUCAGGCGCUUCUACUAGACCAAAACAACUCCAUGACCGAGAAUAGACAGUCUUUGGGACACAAUACAGCCGAAAACUUGAAGUCAGCACCCCAUCACACGACUGAAAACGGGAAGUCGCCGGGACAUGGCGUUGUAGAACUCGAGAAAUCUAUAGCAAAUCGCAUGAAAGAAAAUGCUAAGUCCCCGAGUCGGGAAAUGACAGAAAAUGGUAAAUCUUUUGUCCCCAGUAGAGCGGAAAGUGGGAAAUCAUCGGGCCACGGGGAAGUGUUUGUAAUAUGUGAGGUGGAGAUGAACCAAGUGAGAGACAGGAAGAAUGUGUGCCGAAAAGGUGUCCUGGAGGAAGCAACAUCGUCAGUAUAGUCGAUACAAUGGUGCAUAAACUGUCCUACAUUAAGCUACGACUCCUUCAUUGCUUUCAUGCUUGAUCUCUUUUAUUCAUCUUCUGCCUUCCAUUUGUGUCAUAUCACAACAUAUACCAGAAUGUGAUAUUUACGUGCAGAUAUUCUAGUUUAUGUCUAUUAUUCAUAAUGUAUUUGAUAAAUCUGUGUUUGUCCUUAUUUUAAUUGAUAAAUCGAUACGUUCUAUUUAACACUGAUUGUGUGGUAAUUAAUUAUGUUUACAUAAGGGCGAUAGAUUACCUUUCUUUUGGAUCAUGAUUAGUUUUAUCCGAAUCUUGAGCCUCAAGUGAAGCAGGAGGACCAACACUCGGGUGUCAUUAUAUUAAAAAUAUAUUAAUUCAUAUAAUUUAUUAAUUGAUUUUGUUAUAAUUGUUCGUAAUUUACAUUUAUCUUUAUUUCAGGACUCUAUUUAUUUAUUGUCUUUGUUAAUAUUUUCACAAAUUAUAUAUUAUAUUUUUCUUCAGAAAAGUAAUAUUUUGUUCAAGCGUAAUGA